AUGAACUACUAUGUAUCUCUCAAAGAUCCUGAGCUCCCUGACCAGGCUCUUGCCCUUCUCUCAAAAUACCUGGAAGCUACCCCUUAUUUGGUACCUAGUGAACCUGAAGCCGCCGCAAAUGUCCUCUGGCACCCCGAUCUACAUCUAGACAACAUUUUCGUCGACCCAACAACGUGUAAGGUUACCAGCAUAGUUGACUGGCAGAGCACUAGUAUCGCGCCACUGUUUUACCAGUCCUGCGUACCUAGGAUGUUCAGGCACGGCGGCCCAGUUCGAGAAGCUUGGGUGGUCCCAUCAAGGCCGGGCAAUUUCAAUACCCUGAGCAUGGAAGAGCAAACACGGGUCGAUCAAGACCUAGAGAACGGAACGAUCCACAAAUAUUACGAAGCAAUAGUUUAUAGACGCGCUCCUUACCACUGGAAGGUUAGUGGGGCAGCAGAGAGACAUCCAACUCAAACGCAAGCCAACGAGGCUCGUGACUGGAGUCUGGGAGAAUAG